CGAUGGCGCAGAGGCCCGCUUGACAGGACAAUAAACCACAAAGAAGGGCCUCUCCACCCGCUCGCUGACGACCGCAGAGAUGCCCCAGCAGAGGGAGGAGGACACGUCUCCGUCCCGCCGCCCCGGCCUGGCAUCCCUCCGCCGCCUCCAGACUCUGAAACCCGGCCACGACUUCCCAUGAGGCCACCAGCAGAACUCAGCUUGCCCGCUCUGUAUGGGGCCUCUCACAUAUGAAUUGACAUGGAGGAUGAAGAUGGGACUUGUCUACUUGAUGUUUUGUGUGACCCCCAAGCCCUGAACGACUUCCUUCAUGGGACCAAUGAGCUGCAGACUGAAGACCUGCUCAUUAACUCCUCCUCUGGGGAGCCCUCCCUCUUCACAGACGCCCCGAGCCCCGUCUCUCUGCUGGGAGAUGGCAGGGAUUCCCCAGACACGCCUCCGCCCGGGUGUGUGGAUCUGUCCUUCCUGGAGGAGGCUCUCCUGUCAUCGCCGGAGGGAGGGGACGACCCACAGGUGGUGCAGGGGGGGACACCUGUGGAGGCUGGAUUUGAGGCAAAGAAGGGCGAGGUGGAGGAGGCAGAGGAGGCAGAGGUGGCGUGUGACAUCCUGCAGCAGAGCUUGCAGGAGGCGGAGAUCACAGAGCAGACCCUGCUGCAGGGGGACAGCCUCUCCCUGUACUCCCCCGCCCCUCUCCUCUCUCCCCCCUCCGUGCCCUUCGUACCCAAGUCCGUGACCUUACCCCAGAUCACCGCCACGCUGCCCCGAGACACCCAGGCAGCGGUGGAGCCCCCUCAGCCGUCCCUGCUGGCUGUAGGACCAGGCUGCCCUUCUCUUAAACCAGCGGCCCCCCCUCAGCUGAUGGGGCUCCUACCUGGAAAUGUGUUCCCUGCCGCCCCCCCAGAGACCUCCUUCUCACUGAGUCCAGCACAGGGGUCCAGCAUGAUCAUCCACAAAGCUGUCCCCAGUGUGACCAGCUGUCCCCUCAUCACCCCCACCCUCAGAGCAGCAGCAGCUCCAGGCAUCGUUCUGCAGCGAGCACCCCUCCCCAUCCAGCCCAAACUGCCCAUCAGCAUCCAGCCCCGCCUGGUCCAGAUCAGCCCUAAGCCUUCUGGGCAGAAACAUGCUCCCGGUCUCACAUUUGUACCAGGGACUGCCUCGCCAAAUAUUCUUCUCUCACAACCUGGGGGUCAGAAGCCCUCCGCCCCCCCACAGCAGCCCCCACAGCAGCUCCACAAACCGCUCAGCCUGCAGCUUGUCAACCAGGGCGGUUCCUUCGUGCUGCAGCCUCAGGGACUCUUCCAAGGCCAAAACCAGUUCCUUCUUCCAGGCCAGUCCCCUGUAACUCUCGCUCAGCCUGCCGGUGCAGCUCGCCCUCUGCUGACCCCGGGUCACCACGGCCCCCCCCUCCACAGCCUGACCCCCUCCCCUGGGCAGCUGGUGGAUGGUUCUCAAAUCCUCACUGUGCCCCAAAGACAGCUCAACUUCAGCCCGGUGUUCACCACCCCUACAGGGCAGCUGGCGCUCCGCCAGGCCACUGUGCUUUCAGGGCCUCUGCAGCUGCAGUCGGCGCCCCCUACUGUCUUCCAGAUGCCGGCACAGCUGGCUGGAACCUACACACCAGGGGGGCAGGGUCAACGUGCCACCCUGGUCCACAGCCCUGCUCUUGGAAACCACAUCACCCUGAUCAACAGUUCAGGGGUUCUUCCUCCUGAUCUCACCUCCAUCUCUAUCGUUAACGGCCCCUCAGUGGUUCAGAGUCUGCCCUUCGCCGCCCCGGCCUCUCAGAGUGCAGUGGCGGACGGACAGCUGAGCCUCCAGCCAGCUUCAGUGGUCCUGCUGCCCGAGAGAGCUGUGCAGGAGGAGAGGAGCGGCUCAGAAGAGACGUUUCACCAGCUGCCACAGCAGUACAGACACGUCCUCCAGCCGGUGUCAGUGCAGCCGCCUUCUACAGGUCUACAGCCCUCUCCUACUCCUCCCCCUCCCCCUCCCGCUCCUCCUGCUCCUCCGGUGGUCACGGUCCUACAGCCUCCUCCUGAACCUCCUCUGGCCCCUGAUCCAGCUGUGGAGAUCCCUAAGCUCCUGAUACCCCCUGCAGAAAUGAGCCAAACAGUGGAGGAGGCGACGCAGUCACUGAGUCCAAACGAGGCCUUUAUGCACCAUCUGCAACAGCAAGCACUUAGUUCCCCUCUCACGUCUGACUUGUUGGUCGGAGCUCUGCCCGUGGUGCCGAUGGAGUCACUAGACUCCCCUGUGGAUAAUGAGACCCAGACCCAGACUCAGACCCAGGAGGUCUCAGUUCAGGACUCUGUGCUGUCUGAUCCCUGUGUGGACGACUCUCCCCUCCACUCCGAUCCAACGGACACCCCGCUGAUCUGCUCCCCUCCUCCAGUCCGGGACACGGAGACGCCCGCUCCGACUAGUUUCUCCCCGCCAUCUGCAUCAGAGAGCUCGGUCCAUCCGACCCCAGCCCCACAGCCUCACAUCGAGUCACAAAUCCACUACCAGGUCCCUCAUCAGGUCUCACAGGCCUCCUUUGUCCAGAAAGCAGGACAACUCCAGCCUCAGCUCUCGGUCCAGAGCAGUCCGUCCUCUCUGCGUGUCUCGGUGCCUCAGCAGCCGUCUGAUCCUGCGGCUGCUCCUGUUAGUCUCUCCAAAGGAGGAGACGACCCCGCUGUCCAACAGCACACACACAACAAGCCAACAGCUGCCUUGGUCGUGGAGAGUAAAACCUUUACUCUCGAUGUCCAUCCAUCCUCUCCUGCAGCACCAGGUCUCCAGCUUCAGGGGCCCCCAGCUCCUAGAGAGGGGGUCCCAACCCAGGAGAGCCAGAAGACCAGCAACAAGCUGGCAGCUCCGCCCGAGCAGCCGAGAGAGGAGAGGCUCACACCAGCAAUGCGCCGCCACAGGUUCCAGCAGCAGAUUUGUUUGGACCACAGGGCGGUCCACUCCCCCUUCACCGGCCCGGCCUUUUCCACGCUGAAGGACGCCGUCAGACGCCUGCUGCCGUACCACACCUGUGCAGGUCACCUGCCCACUCAGGAUGACUUUGAUUUAGUGGAUCAGGAGUUUGACAGUGUGUCUGGUUUCCUGCUGAAGCGCACCAAGGACAUGGUGAACAAAUACAGGCAGCUACUGGUCAGAGAGGCUCAGCAGGACAGCCCGUCAGCAGAGAUGGUGAUGUUGGAGCGUCUCUUCCUCCAGGCUGAACGGAGCUCCUUAGCCGAGGACAGACGGAGAGUCCGCAGAGACCCAGAAUCCUUCAUGAUGGCCUUGGCUUCUUCAGCGUCUUCCCCCCUCAGCGCCCCCUCCUCCUCUGGUCCGUCCCACUCCUGCUCCUCCGGCAGCCCCUCCUCUCCCCCAGCCUGGACCCGGCUUUCGGACCGCCCCCCUGGCCUGAAGACGUACCGCUCCAGCUCCCGCGGGGCCCUCAGACUCACCAUCAAGCACGAGUCCGGCUCCCGCAAGGUGGUCCACAACUCGGCCUGCGACCCUGGACUCAAGAGGGACCACACGGGUCAGCUGACCAAUGGGGGCGGGGCUGUGACUGAACGCCAUCUCCAGGCUACAAACGGAGUGUCCCAGCAUCCUCGGCAGGAUGAGGAGAUCUCGAACGGAGCUCUGCCAGAGGAAGCCCCACAGACAGCGCUGAAUUCCAAAAUUAAAGCCCCAAAAAUUGCUGAGGUGAGAGACGUCGGCGCUCCGAAACUGAAAUGCUUCAGGUCGGACGUGUCGCCUCAGCCGGAGCAGAGCUUCAGCCCGCCGCCGCCCCCCCUCCAAGAGGACAACAUGCUCAGUGAACAUCUGCAGAGUGCCAUCGACAGCAUCCUGGAGCUGCAGCGCCUGCAGGGCCCCUCUGCAGCCCCGAGCAGGGCCCCGUCACUGGACCAGGCGGUCACCAGCAUCCUGGGGGGGAACCUGUGAGGUGAACCCCCCCGCCCGACUGAGGUGGGAUCAAAAAUAAACUGGAGCUGAAAGAGAUUUUAGUUUGUGGGUUUAAAGAACUGAGAGAAACUAAAGAGGCACUAUAAAGAGAUGCAGAGCAGACAACAGCACUAUCUAUAGUCCCAUAGAUGUUAGAUACUUCAUUUUGAUGUACGUUUGUGGAAAAAAAGUCUAUUUGAAUAGGAGCUCUAUUGUUUCAGUGGUAGUGAAGUCAUUCAGAGGUUUAUGACACUGGUGUGACCUUCAUCAGCAUAUAGAGUCUAAGUCAUAGUGAGGAUCCGAACCAAGCCGUGGAGUAGACUGAGAUUAUUCAAUAGUUUUUUAUAAGAUUUCUUUCCAAAAUGUGAACUUUCUUUUUGCAUAGUGCCAAGCUUCCAGGGUAUUUAUUUUGAUAAUCUGUGCCAACUGUGUUUUCUGAUGAGUUGCAUUGAGAAAGGCAGCGUGUGUGCGAUGAUUCUGUGUGUUUGUGUGCGUGUGAAGAGCGUGUGGAAACAUUGCAUCCUGCAGCGGGGCAGAGCAUAAACCCCCCCCCCGCACCCUGCAGGCUCCGUCAUCUCGGCUUAUCGAAUGAAACUCCAAAGAAUUUGUGACUUGCUACAUCCUGAAUACACCAGCAAACGUCCGUGUUGUGUCUCUUCACACAAACUGCAGCGAGUGUUUGUCAAAGCAGAAAAAAGAUUAGGCAGAGGUUUUUUUGUUUUUUUCGUUUGGACCCUUGUUGUCAGUCAUGCUGGAGUCAGACUGUGAGAUAUUUACUGUUUUAGAGACAUGGAAAGUGUCCCAUCUGUGAUGUAUUAAUAACAUUUAAGCAAUAAUGAGUUAGGGUUGUUAGGAGCAGCGGAGAGGAGGAGGGAAAACAAGCGCCUCGUUCCUACUGCAUGCUGUGGCUCCACUUGACUCAUCUUUUCCAGAGUUGUUGAUAGAUCCUGCUGACUUUUAGGUAUUUUUGGUGUUUCCAGCUGAGGUUUAAAGCAAGCUGAGUGGAUACUUAACACUGAGCUGGAUAGACAGCAGAAAAAUAAAAGGCCAGGGGGAGUAUGAACAGUUUAGUUGAGCUGUCUGCUGCAGAACUUUGCAAGAAUAAAACAUUUGAGAUCAACAUUGACGGCAAAAACACUGAAGAAAACAGGGUGGAACUCUGCAGUUACAGCAGAAGCAUUGACGAUACACUCCUAAUAGAUUAUUUCAUCUACAUGAGUCUUAUGUUUUAUCUGUAAGGCCGGAGAUACAGUGCCUAUAUGAACUAUUCACCUCCUUAGAUGUUUUACCCUUUUAUUGAUUUUAUAAAUCAG